UCAAACUGAUAUUUUUAAAAAAGAUCAUAAUAAAUUUAUUGAAACAGUAGAAAAAUUUGGUACUCAAUUUACACAGCUUAUGGAACAACUUCAAAAGCAUGCUACACGAGCUGUUUGAAGAAAAAACAAAAUGGGAAAGAGAUUAUUUAGAGACGUUGAAAGAAUCUUGGACAAAAGAACAAAAUAGACAAUUGCAAUUAAUUCAACAAGAAAGAGAGGCAAUAGUAGCAGAAAAAGCACAAUUACAAACGAUGAAUAGACUCAAACUUAAUAGCAACGAUAUUGCCAAAGUUGAGUUAGAAGCUGCUAUUCAAACUGCACAAGAAGCUACAGCUUGUGCUAAUCAUGCAAAACUAAAAUGGCAAGAAAAAAUGAACGAACUUAAUGCUCAUAAGCAAACUUUACAUGACAAAGAAAAUCUACUUGUUUUGCGAGCUAAAGAACUCGAGAAGCUCACACAGUUGGCUUUAACAAAAAAGCAAGAAGGAAUGAAAGCUUUAGAAGAUGCAAAAUACUUAGAAAGUCAGCAUAAAGAGACACUCGAUUUGCUGCAAAUGCAACUUAAAGCAGUAACGGGGAAGGAAAAAAGAAUUGCUAGUGAACAAUACAAUAUCAUUAAGGGACAAAUGAUAUCAGUGUCUUGUGAAACUGAGAAACCAGAAAGAGACACAAAUGUGUCUCAUAGUUUUAAU